AUGAGCGGGCUAGAAACCUGUCAUGUUGUUGCUUUGAUUACUGUUUUUAAGCCACCAAAACAACGUUCAAGUUUUACAAUGCAUCUGUAGUUACAUCACAAUGGACGCGUACACGGAUUCAGAUGUCGUGAUAAUGUCCCAAGUGGAGGAAGUGACUGUUGAGGAAGAGGAGGAAGAUAAUGUACCCCAACAUCGUGGCACCGUGGUUGCAGAGAUGGAAAACUCUCAUAUCCCAUUACCACCCCCACCAAUACCAAGCUCCUCCACCGUGAUGUACCCCCAUGUCAGUACUGACCACACAUACAACUCCAGUGCUACCUGCGAGGAGCGGGCCCUUCACAAUGGGUGGAAGAAGAGAGUUGUACGACGACAGGGUGGGAAGACUGCUGGAAGAACUGACGUCUACAUUUACAGUCCUGAUGGGCGAAAGUUUCGCACCAAAGCGGAGCUUACUAUGUUCAUUAGCAGCAACCAACUUGAUGUAUCUCCUGAUGACUUCAACUUUUCAUCAGAUUUGUUAGCUGAAAAAUCACAGAGAUCAGGAGAAGCAAGACGGUCUGCCACCAAGGUGAAGGUCACACGACAACCUCGAUCUAGGAAGGAGGUGGUUGUUACACCUGUGCUAACUCCCCCUCCUCAUCAGCACUCAGACUCGGAGGAGACAUCACCACUUUCUGCCAGAGGCGACCACACAUACGAGGGCAGCAAUACAUGUGAGGAGGAGCAACUGCUCCCUAAUGGCUGGACCAAAAGAGUGGUGCAGAGACUCAGUGGCAAGUCCGCCGGCAAGUUUGACUGCUACAUCUACAGUCCUGAUGGUAAGAAGUUCCGUUCCAAGACUGACAUUGCCUUGUACAUCCACCAGGAGGGUCUUGACAUAAGUGUCGAUGACUUUGACUUUGCCAAGAUUAAAAACAAAGCCAAAGCUGUAGGCGACGUAACUACCAAACUCGGCAAGAGUACAAAAUCAAAACGAACAAAGAAGAACCUAAUAAAACCCAAACCGGAAAGCCCGAAGAAAAAAUCCCCUGUUAAAGUAUCACCGAAAAAAGACAAUAGGACCCUGGCGCAAAAAUUAGUGGUGAAGAUGAAUUUUGCCACACCCACCAAACGUCGCCAGGAUGAUCUGAAGGAACGAAGGAGGAGGGAGAGGGAGCAGAGGAAGAUGGCUUUGGCGAGGAAGAAACUUGUGGUAGAGGAGCAGGAAGAAGAAGAAGAAGAUGGUGUCUCUGAUCUAUCGGACAAUGAGGAGCAAUCUGUGAUAGUGAAACCUGCUGAGUCAGCAGAAGACUACAGGUAUGUGCACGUGACGGACUCAGGGUCGUGGGACAAAGAUUCUGAGAGUCGGGUGGACUUGGGUAUGAAUGUUGAGGCUGGUAGGGACGACGGUGCUGUAGCAGGCUACAGCGGAUCCAGUGAGGAUGAGGAUGGGGAUGAUGAAGAUAGUGCUGAAGAACCACAGAAGGUAGAGACGGCAUCGGACAGUGCCGAUCUAAGUCACAAUACUCCUGAGGAGAUGGACAUGGGUGAUGAAUCUGAGGAAGAGAAGGAGGAGUUGUACUCUCGACCAGAUGAUGAAAGUUCCUCAGAGGAAGAGGAGAGGGAGAAUGAGAAUUCCGGGAUUAAAGAUGUCGAAGAGCAAUCAAAGGAUGAGGACUCGGAGGAUGAGGAGGAACGGGCUCUGCAGUACAAUGAAUACGAUGAGCUGAAGCUGAUCAGUGAAUAUGAUGAGCCUCAACUAGAGGAGCAGCUCGGGCAGGACCUGGCAACGGCUCAGGACACCAUCAGUGGCAGUGGAGACGAUGAAGACAUCGACUCUCAUGCAGAAUCGCACGGAAGUGAGGGUGAGAAUGGAGAAGUUCUGCCCCAGGUAACCAUAAAAAAUAGUGGUAUAUCCUCUGGAGCAAGAAGUGAACCCAUUCUUGAUAAAAUUGCUUCGGAAUUUUUUCAAAAGGAUUCUUACGGUUUGUCAUCAUUCAAUAACUAUGAUAAGGAGGAAUCCGAUUCUGAUGGCUUAGCGUCACUUCACUUUUUGCCACUGAAAGAAGAUCAGUUGUCAAAGAAGCAACGUCAUCCCUCCAAACCAAAGAAGACAUCCAAUGUGACCACUCUAGAAACAAAUGAAUUAGACAAAUCCGAAGAUGUAAAAGACAGUGUUAAUAUUGAUCAUAUUAAAUUAAAUAGUGACAGGACUAAAAACAUAUAUCAUGACAUCAACAAAAUUUUGUGUAAUGGGGGAAAUUUGGUGAGUGGUAAAAAUAAGAGUGUUGAGGACAGGUUAGUUGAUGUCACAACAGGCAAUGAAACAAGAUUACCCUCUGAUCAGGAUAAUCAAGAAAUUCCAUGUGUCGAUGUUGAAUCGAGAGUUCCGUGUGUGGAUUCAGGAGUCCUGCAGGCAGACCCUGAUAAUGUGGACGAAAAUGAGAAUGUGACUCUUCCAGAAUCUAACAAAUAUGAGUCUGUUGAUCCAAUGGCUCUGUGUCGGGUAAAGUUACGUUCACGGCGGUCCGAUGUGAGUAUGCGCACAUCGCGGAUGCGGAAACGGAAGGUGAGCUGGGGUGGGACUGAGGACGAGGAGACAGUAGAGAAAGUUCGGCGGCAGAGUCUACAGCCAGAACAGGAGAGACAAGCACUCUCAACACAGAACUGGUCACCUGUGCCUAGUAAGUAUUUCCCGAGUGACGGUAAGGCCCCACCCCUACGGCGCCCCGCCCUGCCGCGAGAGCAGCCAUGGACACCCCCCAAGUCCCCCUUCAACCUGGUGCAGGAGAGUCUGUUUCAUGAUCCAUGGAAACUGCUUGUGGCCACCAUCUUCCUGAACAAAACCAAUGGUAAAAACGCCAUCCCAUUAUUAUGGAAAUUCUUCAACAAGUGGCCGACAGCUGACGCAGCACGGAAAGCCGACCCUGACGUCAUCGCCCGUCUCAUGCAACCACUGGGACUUCAUGAGAAGAGGGCUGGGACAAUCAUCAAGUUCUCAGAUGAGUACCUGACAGUUAACUGGUCCUACCCGAUAGAACUACAUGGAAUUGGGAAGUAUGGCAAUGACAGUUACAGGAUAUUCUGUGUCAAUGAAUGGAGACAGGUGAAGCCAAACGACCACAAGCUGAAUGACUACCACAAAUGGUUGUGGGACAACAGUGCUCAGCUCAGCCUCAACUGACACUACAUCAUCAAGUGCUACACGACAACCCAACGGAGAUGACCCUGUCAACAACAACAUGUUUCAGUUUAUGAGCCUCUACAUGCCUGCAGGAAGGAAUGACUGAAGUCAACACACGCGGCCCUGUCGCAAAUAAGGACAGAUUAAGGCUCCUUGCUGUUAAUGUAUUCAAGGGACACUCUUUUUUUGACAUUAGGGCUGGCUAUCAGUAUAAAUAAUAGAGAUUGAUAAUCGUUAACUAAAUAUCGAUAAAUAUUGGAGAAGAAAGUUUGAGCAAAAAUGCCAAAUAAAUCUCAAGAAAUAAUACAAUGCCGUCCGGUAAUUCUGCGCACCUAAGCACAUCGAUCGCAACAUCGCAAAUAACGUCUCUUAUUAUUUGUGGUUUAUGUGACUAAACAUGCUGGUAUGCAUCAUAUUUACCUAGAAAUAUACGUUUUAUUGAUGACUAUAAGAUUCUAACGUUGCAUUAUGCCAUACAGUUGACCUUACCGGUGUUCUGAUCACAUCGCUUGCUGUCUGGUAAUUCUGCACACCAACUGAUGCGCAUAUCAUCCAGCUGGAGAUCUGAAGUAUGGAAGUGUAUUAGGGCCAGAUUAUUUUCAAAAAUCACUUCAUCAAUGUAAGGAAGUGUGUUUCAUAUUUAAUCCAAUAUGAAUAAUGAAGAAAAAGGUUUAAAAGAAUUUUCAUAAAACUGUCAAUUUAUCUGUCAGUUACUGUUAUAUUUACUUACCUUUAGUGAUUAAAAGCCAGUCCCUUGUAGAAGUGUCCAGAUUUCAAGCGUGAAUGUGGUAGCAGACGAUGUUUACCUUCGAUACGGAAGUACACUAUUGAAGCUGCACAGAAUUAGCGGACGCGCAGUGAUUUUACAUCACUGGUGAGUGGUGACAUGUUUGUGGAUGGUGCUAACAAAACAGCGCCUUGAACAUAAUUUAGAAUGAAUAUAGUCCUAACCUUAUGUAUUGCGUGAGCAUAUUGAAACUUCAUUCUAUGACAAAAGUUUAUGCACAAUAUUAUCAAAACAAAUUUAUGGCACAAUGGCACAAAUUUCAUAUAGAUAAUCAUGAAUUUUUCUUUCCUAUGGACAAUAUUUCUGAUUAUCGAUCAUUUUAGCCAGCUCUAAUUGACAAAAUAACUCGGAUACAUUGUGAACUCCAAGACUUUUCUGCUUAUUUUUCAACACUGCUUAGAGUUUGAAUAAUGAGUUGAUCGAUGUUGACUGAAGGUUUUGAUACGGAUGUUAAUGAUUGCUAGGUAAUGGAUGGAUGAAUGUUUGUUUAUAGUUUUGAUACAGAUCUCAAAAAUAGUUCUUGAAUGCAGUUUGAAAUGGUCACUCAUUCAUACGAAAGGAUGGAACCAGUGUCAUAUUUGAUAUUGAAGAUUUGACGCAACACUAUAUAUCUAUGCUACAUGUUAAAUUAUUGGUUGCGACGAGAGUACUUGACAUGCGGUCCCUUUUUGAACCCCCAUGAGCGUGACUGUUGAUCUUGUCCCAAGCAUGCUGUGUAAGUGAAGUAGUCAGAUGGUGGUCAGAUUUGAUGACUUGGUUCAUCGUAUCCUGAUGACAUUGGUAAAUGCUCACAACAUUGAUCACUGGGUUAUUUACACACUGCUGUCAUACAGGGUGGUGGUGUGUUAGCCUAGUGGUUAAAGCGUUCACUCAUCACUCUGAAGACCCCGGGUUCGAUUCCCCACUUUGGUACAAUUUGUGAAGCCCAUUUCUGGUGUCCCCCGUUUUGAUAUAGCUGGAAUAUUGCUAAAAGUGGGGUAAAACCUCUUACUCACUCUUGCUCCUAGAAUUUUAAUAAGUAUCGUAUUAAACAACAAAUAAAUAAACCAUUUUUGUUGUAGAGUUUCUUGUGAUUAUUGAGUCAUCCCUAAUCAUGACAAGAUCCUAAUAUAGGGUUUGAAUCCCAUAGUUUUCCGGAUUAUACCUCCAAUACAAGUUAAACAUGAUGAAAAACAAUGUUCAACCAGACUCGCUCACUUCCGUCAUUGCUUGUGUUGGAUGUUUCGAGCUAUAGCUGCAAUGAUCCAUUGAAUUGUUUGUAAGUCUGCACCUCUGAGACAACAUUUUCAACAAGGAUUAGUUACAUUUCCUCGUGGACUACCAUAUUUAUCGUGACUGCAUCCCUGCUGUAAAUAAAUGUUUGGGACAUUGAAGAUAUAAAUAUAUUUCAAACUGGCAGAAAGGCUGUAACGUGGAAAUGUGUAUAGAUGCCAAAGUACAUGUAAAGAAUGAACAUGAUUUGGUAUUGAAAUGAAUUGUAAAGUACUUUUGUGAUAGAGACUAGUUAAAAUAUUACAAGUUGUCAUUAUUAAUAUGCUUUGGGUCACUAGUCAUUCCUACUGAGUGAUGAGCGAUCUUGAAGAAGCCAUGUCUAUAUAUUUGUGCAAUAAUCUUUAACAGGAUGUGAACCCCACUUGACCUUACAUGAAUCCGAUUGCGUAUUGUGACCUGUCGAGAGUAGCCUAGUGUUUGGAGCAUUCGCUUGUCACUCCAAAGACCCGGGUUUGAAUAACAGUUGAAUAAGGACAGUUCCACAAUCUGUGGGGCAAAUGUUAGUCCAGUGAGUGAGUUGGGUUUUACGCCACUUUUAGCAAUAUUCCAGCAAUAUCACGGCGGGGGACACCAGAAAUGGGCUUCACACAUUGUACCCAUGUGGUGAAUCGAACCCGGGUCUUCGGCGUGAUCAGCGAACGCUUUAACACUAGACUACCCCAACAGGAGAGGAGUCAUGAGAUGCAUUAAGUUAACAUCCAGAAUAUUUGCAUCCAAGAUCAAGGCAUCACCCAUACCAGUACACUACACUUCUCAAUGAGCCUAUAUGCUGAAGCUGCUUUACUUUAGCCAGCAAAUCAUGGCCUGCUUCAAACACGACAAAACUAGGAGUUUUUCUUGACCAUUGAAUACUCAGAAAUUAGAAAGCAAAGAUGGCAUGCUUAACAGAUUUUGUUCCACUUGAAAUCAAUUCAUAAAGUUGUAUUUGGAAAUGGUAUGAGCUGUGACAUGGUAGCUCUUAUUUAGACAUUAGAACAUGUUUUGGUAAUGUGGAUUAAGAGUGGUCAGCGCAUCAUGACUCGGGUAAUCGGGAAAAGUUGAUCCUCUGAGUUUUGGUCAAAUUAUUGUCCAUAUUUUAUUGACUGUCUCCUUUAGUUAUCUGAAACAAGAAACACAUUACCAUUGCCAUACAUAUCCACAGUUAGGGCUGCUAUUGACAUAGAUCAUCGGGAUCGAUAAUCGUUAACUACCGGUAAAUAUUGAUCGGACCUCAAUAAAUAUCGGAGAAGCAACUUUGAGCAAAACUGCUCCAAAAAAAGUCAGAUAGAAAUGAUUAUAUUUCACACCAGUGUUGAGUGAUGACGUGUUUAUGCAUGGGUUACCAACAAACCAAUCCUGAACAUUAUUUAGAAGAAGCAAUGAAGUGAAACCUAACUUUGUGUAUUGUGUAAGUAAACUUUAUUCUAUCACAAAAGUGUAUGAACGAUAUUAUGGAUAACACUGUAUUCAUAUUGAAAAUUAUUAAUAAUUUUUUCUGUCGACGAUAUUUCCGAUUAUCAGUCUUUUUAGCCAGCCCUAUCCUCAGUUAUGUGAAGAGGUAAUGGAGGAACGUAGCAUAUACAAAACCCCCGAAGCACUGACAGCGAGUCCCAAUUGAAAUUAAAUUCCAGAAAUGGUUUAACAUUUCCUUGUAAUGUAAGUUUAAGUUUUUGUACAAAGAAUCUAAAGGUGAUGGUUCAUGAUCAUUACUUGUGAGACGUUUUGUCACGGUAGACUAGAAUGAUUGAUGUUUGUGAUAGAUUACAACGUAUCAGUAUUAUGUGUCCUUGUCAUGUAUUGAAAGAAAAUGUUUUUAUUAAAGUUCCAUUUUAAGAGUGCUAUUGUGGUUGCAAUCAUGGCAUGUUGAAUGCGAUAUUGUAUCAUCUUAUGAUUUGAAAAUAACCGAUUUUAGAUGGUAUUUAUGGCUGGCAUAAAGAAAGAUAGUUUCUCUUCAAGAAUGUUCUGUAUAGUAUUGUUAUUAUUGAUGUGAUAUGAUUAAUUACAAUGUGAUACUGCAUUGUAUUAUUAAAAUUGGUCACAACUUAAUCUAGUCCUCAAGUUAACUCCCUUGGGUUAAUGCUAAUGGAAUGUGAUUGUCUUGAAGGGAUGUGAGGGACUGGUUAGGAAUGGCCAGUUCUAAGGGUUCUCUAGCCAUCCAACAUCCCACUUCAUUUGUCUUGGUAUCUUGAGUUCUUGAGCUAUAUCAGUAAACACAACUGGUUUGUUUGGCAUUUUCACAUAUAUGACAAUGCUUGUUCAUAAGCUUAGGGACUUGUGAAGAUCUGGGUUAGAAUUGGUCUUCAGCAGCCAUGCUUUUCGUGAAAGGUGACUAACGGGAUUGGGUGGUCAAGCUAGCUGACUUGGUUGAUACUAGUGGUGUGACGAUUUAUCGAUACAUUGGCCGCCGAUACAGUGAAUCGAUACAAAGGUUUUCAUUGUCAUAUAUCCUGAUAAGAUACUUCAAAUGGGCCAC